AUGUUCCGCAACUCCGUUUCCCGACCGUUGCUUCGCGUCAACCAGACCCUCGUUGCUAGACGCUCGUUCUCCGCUGUUGCCGUCAGAAUGGCCGAAGGAGACACUGGCGCUCCUAGGCCCGGUGGUGUCCAGUCAAGUGACUCCUUUACCAAGCGCGAAGCUGCCUCGGAGAGCAUGUAUGUCAAGGAGAAGGAACUUGAGAAACUCAAGCAGCUUAAGGCGAAGCUGAAGGAGCAGAGACGCCACCUUGACGAGCUUGACAAGCACAUUGACGAACUUACCAAGGAACAAGGAGGCGAGAAGAACUAA